UGUGAUCACGGAAGAAAAAAACGACCAUUAAUUCGUUAUAUUUUUUCACAUUUUUAUGGCCAUUUUCUAUUGUUAGGACUGUUGAAAUUAUUUGCCGAUGCAAUGAACAUGUUAUUUCCAAUUUUUUUAAAUCGAUUACUUUUAUAUCUGGAAAACAAUGACGAAAAUGUACCGAAAACAACACGUGGUUUCACAUUUGCUACCGGCCUAUUAAUCUGUACAUUAUUGAAUACAGUAUGCAUUUCAUAUUUUAAUUUUCAAAUGAGUAAAAUUGCAUUGAAAAUACGUACCAUAUUGAUAAUGAUGACUUAUAAUAAAUUAUUACGUUGUCGUAAAACACAAUUGAUGAAUCAAUUUGAUACUGGACAAAUAUUGAAUCUAGCCAAUACGGAUGUUGAACGUGUAAUCAAUUUAGUGCCAUCAUUAUUUCAAUUCAUAUCAUUACCAAUACAAUUGAUUAUUACAAUUUAUCUUCUUUAUACUGAAGUACAAUUGGUAUUUAUAUCAGCCAUUAUAUUUAUAGUCAUAUUGAUACCAAUCAAUAAAUUGAUCUGUGAUCGUAUUAAAAAAUUAAGCGAAAAAUUAAUGCUAUGGAAAGAUAAACGUAUACGAUUAAUGAGUGAAUGUUUGAAAGGAAUUCGUACCAUUAAAUUUCAUGCAUGGGAAUCGAUAUUCUUCACGAGGAUUCAAUCAUUACGUUUGAAUGAAAUUAAAUAUCUGAAAUAUAGAAAAUAUUUAGAUGCAUUAUGUGUAUAUUUUUGGGCCACAACACCGGUCAUCAUUUCAUCGUUAGUAUUUACAACAUAUGUUUGGUUCAAUGGUGAUAAUCAAUUGACAUCAAGUAAAGUUUUCACAACAUUAGCAUUAUUAGGUAUGCUAAUAAUGCCAUUGAAUGCAUUACCAUGGAUAUUGAAUGGUUUGAUUGAAUCAUUAGUAUCAUUACGAAGAUUAAAUCGUUUCUAUAGAUUAUCGGAACAAAAUCCAGAUGAAGAUAUUGAAUGGAUUAAUGAACAUGAAAAUAUAUUAUUUCAAUGUAACAAUUGUUCAUUUAGUUAUUCGAAUUCAGAUGAACAGCAGCAGCAGCAGCAGAAUUUUAAACUUCGAGACAUUAAUGUCGAAAUAGUGAAAGGAAAAUUUAUUGGCAUUACUGGUCGUGUUGGUAGUGGUAAAUCUUCAUUGAUUAAAUCCAUGUUGAAUGAAUUGAAUAAAAUCAAUGAUGAUUAUGGUAGUGGUGGCAGCAGCACAAUUCGAAUUAAUCAAUGUUGUCGACAUCGAGGUAUUGGUUAUGUAUCACAAGAACCAUGGAUUCAAGAUACAACCAUCAGGAAGAAUAUUCUGUUUGGUAAAACAUUCGAUAUGGAAUUUUAUAAUGAAAUUAUUGAUGCUUGUGAAUUGCGAGAAGAUUUUCAACAAUUUGCUCAUGGUGAUCAAACUAUCGUUGGCAAUCAUGGCGCCACUUUAUCUGGUGGACAAAAAUCUCGAAUAACAUUAGCACGUGCAUUAUAUCAGAAUUUUUCUGUUUACCUUGCUGAUGAACCAUUUGCCAGUUUAGAUCAACAAGUGGCCAGAAAAAUUUAUCAAAAAUGUUUUCUUUCCAUAUUGAAAAAUAAAUCAGUCAUUUUGGUCACAAAUCAUAUUGAAUAUCUGAAAGAUUCAUUCAUCAUUUAUUAUAUGGACAAUGGUCGUAUAACACAUUCAUAUCUAUCUGCUGAUCGAUUAAUUGAUUUUGAUGAAAUGUUGGAUCAAUCGCAACAACCGGAUCGAAAUGAAACUGAUAAUGAAAAAAUGGUAGUUCAACAACAACAAGAUCAAUGUGAAAUGAAUGAAGAAUUAGAAGAAGAACGUGAACAUGGAAAAAUUAAAUUCACCGUCUACAUUGGCUACAUUUAUUCAAUUGGUUAUUUUCUAUUCACAAUGAUUAUCGUGUCAAUUUGUUUGAUGCAAAUUACACGUAGUGCAUCGGAUUUUUGGCUUUCAAUAUGGACAUCAUCGACCAAACAAAAUGAACAACAAUCCAAUGGCUCAUCAUCCACAAUGUUUUAUCUUUUCAUAUUCAUAGCGAUUGGUAUUGGCAAUUCAAUCAUAACAUUAAUUCGUGCAUUUUUAUUCGCAUAUGGUGGCGUUCAAGCUGCUAUCAAUGUUCAUGAUCAAUUAUUAGAAUCAUUAUUCCAAACAUCAACAUUAUUGUUUGAUCUUGUUUCAUUUGGCAUUCUUAUCAAUCGUUUUUCAUCCGACAUGUUCAAUGUUGAUGAUGCAUUACCAUUUACAUUGAAUAUAUUUCUAGCACAAUUAUCAUCAUUAUUAAUUGGUUUAUUCGUAACCAUUUAUGGUAUGCCAUGGAUUAGCAUCGUAUUCAUUGUGCUUACAAUACCAUAUUAUAUGAUACAAGAAUAUUAUCGUAAAACAUCACGUGAAUUGAAACGAAUUUCUGCCACAACAUUAUCACCAAUUUAUUCACAGUUGGAUGAUACCAUACAAGGAUUGACAAUUAUUCGUUCAUACAGGCAAAACAAUAGAUUUAAAAAUGAAUUUUAUGAAAAAAUCAACAUUUAUAAUCGUGUUCAAUAUGCAAUCAAUGCCAUUCAACAAUGGCUAAAUCUUCGUUUACAAAUGAUUGGUGCCAUAAUCACUUGUUCAGUUGCAUUUAUUGCUGUUUAUAUUCAUUAUUAUAAUCGACAACAAUCAAUUAAUUCAAGUUUAAUUGGAUUGUCACUAGUUUAUUCAUUGUCAUUGACAAAUCUAUUGAAUGGUACAUUUCAAGCAUUCACACAAACAGAGUUGGAUUUAAUUUCCAUUGAAAGGAUUCGAAAACUUGUUGAAAAACUUCAUGAUUAUAAGGAAGAAAAUUACAGUGAUGACAAUCCACAAAUAUGGGAUGUAUCAUGGCCUAGCGAAGGAAAUAUUCGUUUCAACAAUGUAUCGAUGCGUUAUCGAAAUGAUUUACCAUUAGUAUUGAAAAAUGUUUCAUUUGAAAUCGGUGCCGGUGAACAUGUGGCCAUUAUUGGCCGUACUGGUUCAGGAAAAUCCAGUUUAUUUCAAACAUUAUUUCGUUUGGUUGAUAUUGAAACUGGUCAAAUUUACGUUGAUGGCGUUGAUUUAAAAUCAAUUAAUCGUAAAACUAUUAGGUGAGAAUUGUCAUCAUAAUUCUUGAUCCAUCAUAAUUUUUUUUCUUUGUUCAACAAAUAGAUCUCGAAUACAUAUCAUACCACAGGAUGCAUUCAUGUUCAAUGGUACAAUACGUGAUAAUCUAGAUCCACAACAUCGUUAUCGUGAUGAUGA